AUGGAACUCGAAUUCGACAAAUAUUGUGUCGUGGAUGGAAGCCCCAAGACGGUCCUCCCUGCUCCCUAUCACCGUUCGAAAGCCGUUUACAGAAAGUCGAAUGAGAAGGUCAAAUGUGGGAAAGAUUUGCUCGGCCUCGACAAAAAUUUCAGGAAGAUCAGCUUUAACCGCUACCGCAGUGCAUCCUGCAGGGACGCUCGGCCCACGAGAGCCAAUCCCGAGCUGCACAAGCGUGGUUCGGUUUACCAAGGCUCGGAAGAUGUGAAUCUUUUUAGAAAUACAGAUUUUGUGGUUGGGAGGCAAAAAAUCGAGCUUUCGCGUGAGAGCGCUGCAGCUUUCCCUUUAGGGAUCAUUGAUUCUUUAUGUAGUUUGGAUGAAGAUGGGUCAUUAGGGGAUCGAGAAAGGUCCUCGGCGGUGUCGACAUCAGAAAAAAGUACGAGUUCAUACUCGAUAAAUUAUUGUUUCUUGAGCAACAGCAAAAAAGUGUUGUUGGACAAUAAUAUCAGUAAGCCUGCUAAGGAUAUCGUGAUCAAAUCUGUAGUCUCCUCAUUUGCUCCAGUCAAAUACGGUAACAGCCCAAGGGAAAAAAAGCCAGCCGUUAAUUUGCGAAAAUCGUUAUCGUCUAAGUUAGCCUUGCCCCACUCACCUGCUCGUUCGGAGAAUGAUUGCUCAGAAACAAACGGUCAGAAAAACUUUGAUCGUUCUGUUAAAUCGGAAGACAAAAACGAACCAAUGUGCAAGCUUGCCAUGAAAGAUUUUUCAGACAACCUUAAUUUGGUCCCUCCAUCUUCACCAGCUCACAUUCGCGGCUUUCUAAAAUCUGAACACAAAAACGGCCUCCCGUUUUUCGAAUUCUCAGUGAGUUCGCCCCCAGAUGACGCUUGUUUUGUCGCAAAGACACGGAAAGUCAAUAAUGCCCUUACGUGGGUCUACACUUUUCACUCACUCCAUCAUAAAAGAAAGAGCAAUGCAAGUUUAUCCAGUAUGGUUGGCCAGAUGGUAGUAUCAUGCAAUCUACGUACAGAGCUAAACGGUCCCGGAGCAUUUAACGAUGCCAUGGUGCAAGAGUGCGUUUUGUACGAUGUUCCACAAUCGAGAACCGAUAUUACGAAACUGCCUCUACCUGCCAAGAAAAUGGUUAAAGAUCGAAUUUUUAAGCACUAUCAGCCUCUGGCAGCACCAGAUAUGCAUCCAGAGCUGGAAAUUGCGGCGAUCGUCAUGCGGGUUCCGUUCGUGAAGAGAGAGAGUCUGAAGUUCAAAACCGGGGACGGGAAAAAGGACUGCCUGCUGGAACUUUGCCAGAUGGAGGAGAAGAGAGAGGAGAAGGAGGAGGGUAUUUCGGUCAAUUCAUGUCGCGGGGAGAUGCAUGUGGUGGUCCCAGCUGGGAGCCACAGUUUGCCAUGUGGUGGUGAAAACCGUGGGGGGCCGUCACCGUUGUUGGACAGGUGGAGGUUGGGCGGAGGGUGUGACUGUAAUGGCUGGGACAUGGCGUGCCCUCUCGACGUUUUUGUUAAUCCGGAUUUUCGGAUUUGUGACGGGCAACCGUUGGUGGACAGGUGGCAUCCGGUGGAGCUCUUUGUUCAGGGACGAAAAAAAAACAAGAUGCCUGCAUUUACAAUGAGGGCAGUCGAGGAUGGAAAGUACGUCAUUCAUUUCCAUGCACAGUUGUCUUCUCUGCAAGCGUUCUCCAUAUGCGUAGCUAUUCUGCAUGCUGCAAACGCAUCCACAGCAGACGAGCACGAGGCUAACAAACGAAUGCUGCAAAGUGGUGAUUCUCUUAGGGUAUUUGCCGAGGAGGAAAUCAAGAACUUGAUGGACUCGAUAUCCGAAGAGGAGAAAUUUAAGGCCGGCAGCAAAAAAGACGAAGUCUUGCCAUCUUUUGUGCUAAAUCCACCCUUCUCACCGAUUGCUCGAGUAUAG